GAAGUAGCGUUGCAUGUCAUCCGCAGCCGGUUUUACCACACGCGCUUAUUUCUGCAUGACGACAUCACCGUAUUACCUGAUAUUAAGCAGGAACUGCGUUUUGUGGUUUCUCGAUCUAAAUGGCAGCUGCGUUAAUAUUUGGAGGAACCACGCUGCACAUAAUAACAGUUAACUUUUCAUGACCACUAAAUUGACAAAUGCUAUUACAUUACACAGCGCGUGUGUAAAGUUAUCUUUAUCGGUGACAUUUACAACAAAUUAAUUUAACGGAUUCCUUUUGGGUCUUGGUUCUGUUUUGGUGUUUUAUUGAGGUAGGCGUGGCAUGACGACAGCCGCCUGUACUGACAGGAGGAAGUCUCCCCCCCCAAAUUUGGUCAUUUUGGUCCUGUCUUCCUGCGCUCACGCGGCCGUUCGUAAUGACGGCGCUGUUGGGGCGCGCGCGCGGGCGCUUCACUGCGCUUCGUCGGUUUCCGCCGAGCGCGAAGUGGCCGAACAUCACAGAGCUGCCGCUGAGGUUCUCCAGCGCUGAAGCCGCGCCGAGCUGCCGGAGAAUGGACUAUCAGGAUGCCAUAUGCACCCUGAACACGCUACAAACCAACGCCAGUGCCCUGGAGCAGGUGCGCCGAGAGCGAGCUCACCCUCAAAUCCAGCUGCAGGCCAUGAGGAGCUUCCUGCAGCGUUCAGGACUUACGGUGGAGGAACUCGAUCAUCUCAACAUCAUACAUGUAACUGGGACAAAGGGAAAGGGUUCAACAUGUGCCUUCACACAGAAGAUUCUGAGGAGCUACGGCUUCCGCACUGGGUUUUACAGCUCUCCACACUUAGUGCAGGUCAGAGAGAGGAUCCGUGUGAAUGGCUGCCCCAUUGGAAAAGACCUUUUCACCAAAUACUUUUGGCAGGUUUACAGCCGGCUGGACGAAACUAAGGAUGCGCAUGGAGGCAGUAUGCCAGCGUAUUUCCGCUUCCUGACUAUCCUUGCCUUCCACGUGUUCCUGCAGGAGAAGGUGGACGUAGCAAUCAUCGAGGUGGGAAUAGGUGGUGCGUAUGACUGCACCAACAUAAUCAGGAGGCCGUGGGUGUGUGGCAUUUCCUCGCUAGGCAUUGACCACACCAGCAUUCUUGGGGAUACAAUCGAGAAGAUUGCCUGGCAAAAGGGAGGAAUAUUUAAGCCCGGGGUUCCAGCAUUCAUUGUGAAGCAGCCAGAGGGACCAACGACAGUUCUUCAGGAAAGAGCAGAAGAGAUUGGGUGCCCAUUGUUUUUGUGCCCUGAGUUGGCUCAGUACCAGCGCUCCGAGGAGGUGAAAUUGGGUUUGGCCGGGAAGCACCAGUGCUCCAACGCCUCACUUGCUUUACAGCUCACACACAGCUGGCUCCAGAGGCGCUGCAGCACAGGUCCAGCUGUUACUUCUGCAUCUGGUUUUACUGGCCUUCAUACAGCUCCAGUUUUUGAGCCGAGUGCUCACAUGCUGAAAGGUUUGGCUGAGACUGAAUGGCUGGGCCGGACUCAGACCCUGGUGCGUGGCAGUGUCACAUACUUCCUGGAUGGCGCUCACACUACCCGCAGCAUGCAGGCGUGUGUGAACUGGUUCAGCGAGGUGGCUGUAAAACAUGAGAAAAAUGCUGUGGGUUCAGUGGUGCGAGUGCUGCUGUUUAAUGCUACUGGAGAGCGGGAUUGCGGUGCUUUGCUCAAGCUGCUCGUGCCAUGUCAUUUUGAUUUUGCAGUUUUCUGUCCUAACAUCACUGAGGCCAUUGCUGACUGCAACGCAGACCAACAGAACUUCAAUGUGUCUGUAGAGCACAUGCUCACGCGCUGCCUGGACAAUCAGCAGAGCUGGCGUGUACUCGCUGGUAUCGAGGAAGAGGGGCCAGAGUCAGAGCUUCUAAUUGGGGGUGGUGUCCAUCUGCCUCUGAGAGUGGAGAAACGUGGUGCCUCAUUGGUUUUCCCCUGCAUCUUGAGUGCUCUUCAGUGGAUCACACAGGGACGUGACCCAGUUGUAUCUGAUUCCACCAAACACGUCAUGCCUGUCAAAGCUAGUGUCAGUGCUAAAGCAGUGCCAUUAAGAGAGGCUGCUAAUGUGCAUGUGCUAAUCACAGGCAGCUUGCACUUGGUAGGAGGAGCCCUAAAACACCUGGUACCUGACUUGUCAUCCUAACACAAUAUUUUGUUUGUCAGGGAGAGUGUGUGUGGGAUAUGGAGGUCCCCAAUUUGUUUUUGCUCGCUCACUGUAAUAUGAAAAUUGGUGCAGCUAAAUUAAGCUUUAUUUAAGAUUUAAAAACUUACUGGAUAUACCUGCUAAAUACUUAGCAGGAGACUAAAGCACUUAGUAUUUCACCUGUGCCUUCCUUCUGUAGGGAAUGUUCACAGAGCCUAUUUAAACACAGUUUAACCCAAGUCUUAGUCCCCUAUCAAUUGUCUUAAUAUCAGAGUCUUGGAUAUUUCCGGACUGAGAUUAAUCUGUCCAGGAUACCCAAAUACUAGGAUCUUCAUAUAUAGUCUGGAUUCACACUGAAUUUCACUAUAGGCCUGCAGCUAAAACUGCACACUUCAUGCUAUCAAAUGUGCAGUGUCCCUUGAUUAAGCAUUUUCAUAUACUGCUCUGUUCCCAGUUAGCAUUUUUUAUGUGCUACAAAUCAUACUAUUCAGUUUUGAUAUACUGUAUGGUUUGUGAUUUGAUGCAUAUGAUUGAUGUCUGGAAAACCAGCCUAAUCCAAAGCUAACUUCUCAUUGGUGUGUAUGCCCUGUAUUGGUAUUGAUUAAUUUAGAAUUCUAGAAAUGGGCCGCAUCCAAAAUUAUAUAACACUCUGUUAAUGUACUAUGUUGCUAUUUCAUGAGUACAUACAGUGCCCUCCAAAAUAAGAAUGAGUAAACAUUUACAUAUAAUGUAAACAUUAAACACACUAAUAUUUGGAA